AGCCAGGUCGUCCGAAAGCGCAUUCCUGGGAUUAGUUGCAGCUUCCCUGCAAUCCGAUUGGGCGACAAGACUACCCUCCUGUCAGAAUGGCCAGGGUCUAACGGCCUACUAACAACAAGCGACAUUUUGUAUAAAGUACAACGCCCGCCAAAUCCAGAAUGCAGACCAAGGAUAUUAUCGCAAUUUGUGCUGUAUUUGGACUUGUUUUCGUUGCAGCCAUGGCACUCGUUACACGAUUCUUCCUGCAGCACAAGCAGGCUAAAACCACAACAACAACUGACAUGUUUACCACGGACGGCAAGACAGAGGGGCAGCUGCAGCUCACACACAUAUCGAGCUCGUGGAAAAGAUUGUUGCUCCCAAAGCAAGAUUCAAGCAAACGCUACUGGGUGCCAAACCUGUCGGGCAUAAUAAAAGCCGGGGAUGAGGGGUUGUUUUUCUCCGCGUUAUUUACCAACCUCCAAGGUCAUCCUGGACAACUACCCCUCGAAAACCUGUACGAUGCAUUCGCAACCGAAUUGCGAUCCCGACCAAUCUCGGAGCGAUCGUCAUAUACCGGAGACAUGACAAAAUUCCUUGGGCGAGCAAAGAAGCCCGCGGGGGGCCUUGGGCGGUCGAAAUCGAUGUCCAACGUCAAGCGAGGAGAGUCUAGCCCCAAGACUGCUAGAAAGAGCCUGGAUCUGUCAGUGGUUGAGAUGGGUUUGGCUAGAAGCCUAUCUGUGAAGAGACCGGCAACUGCAUUAGUACCAAUGCGAAGUGGACUGCGCGAUGACGAUGCCCAGAAAGCUACACAAAAGUCUUGGAUGAAGGAGGGUCAGACAGCAAAGUAUGAGGAUGGAAGGAUGAGUGUGAAGAUUACCUCUGGGGAGCUUGCAGCGCUAUCCAUAAUACUCGGAAGUCAACUGAGUACUGGAACCGACACGGACGCCUUGCUUGAACCCAGUGCAUACGGCAUCUCGAUCGUUAUUACGCCAAUGACAGACGCCAAACACCAAGUCACACUCACACAACAAAGACGCAGCAGAUCGCAACGGCACGCCUCAGGCUCAGGCGUUUCAACACUCUUUGCAAAGCACCUCGCAGCCGGCUCCCUCCCAUACUCGCAAGAUAAGAUUGGCGUUCACAGCAUCCUCAUCACCGACGAAGCUUUCGAGGCGCUACAGGCAGGCGCUUCUCUCUACACCCACCCAUAUGUCGCACGAACAGCACAAUCCAAAUUCCUCGCAUCUCUCCCCAGUUCGCGCGAACCCAGAUUCCACAUCCUCGCCACGUCAACCGAAGUCCACACCUCAAACACACUGUUAGACGCCAUAGCAGCACUCCCCUUCUCUGGUGGCCUGGUUCCCCUCGCAUCAGCGCCACUGAUCAGAACGGUCCAGUUCAUCGCAUCCGCGGGCCUCCCCCACGCCCGCCUACUGCAGCGCCUAGAACAACUCAUUGACAAAGUGCACCGCCACGCUCCGCACCUCAACAUCUUCGGCCCCCUCUACGAGCCCCAAAACGCCGGCCUCCUCUUCCGCGAGCGCGAACGUCUGGGCAGAUUGGCCAGCGACCCAACGACGCCAGAUACCCUCGCCGACAAAACGGCGCGUGUGUCGCGGUACACGACGCUGCUCGAACGUCUGAUGGCCUUGGUCCCGGAUCUCAAAUCGCAGGAUGUCCUGGCAGCAGUGCAAGAAGCGGCCAAAGCCGAAAUACGAUCUGCAUACCAAGCUGCUGUUGCUAGUCACUCUUCGUCUGCUGCGCGCAGGAAGAGCAGCGUCGAGACUAUCACUUCUCCUGCAUCGGUGGUAUCUGAUUCACCCGAUAUACCUGCCAAGUCAGUUGAGCAGGUGCUGAAGGCUGAGCUGCCGUUGAGUGUGGAGAUGGUGGCUUUUGUGGCGAGGAUGGUGGUUGUGGCGUGGUGUGUUAGUGUGGAGACUGUGGCUUGGAGCGAUGGAGAAGCUGGGUUCAGGAUACCAGAUGUGGAGGCAAUGGGCAAGUUUGUCAUGGCAUGAUUCAUGGUACGUACCGAUGGAUUGAGCAUGUUGCAUGUAC